AUGGAUAAUGAAAGGAGUAAAAAAAGAAAGACAUUAUUGUCGUUUUUCAAACAUAAAGAAAAUUCAUCUACAUCUACGGUUAACGAGGUAAAUCUUCAAUCUUAUACAUCUAAUACGGAAGAAGAACAACCUGUUUUAAAUUUUUCAAGGGUUGAAAUUGAUCUUAAUAAUCUUGAACGAGAUCCCGCAAUUCGGAUUCCUAUAUGGCAACAUCCAAUAAAUCAACAAGAUGAAAUUAGGCGGUCUUAUAUUAGAAUGGGUCCGUAUCAACCUAAGUUAGAUGAGUAUCCAAGAACUAAGUUUGGAUCACAAACUCAGUAUCGUAGAUUUCAAUACUCGUGGUUUGAAAAGUUUCCUUGGUUAGAGUAUUCUUCAUCAAAGGAUUUAAUAUUUUGUUUUCCUUGUUUUCUUUUCCAAAAGAAAUCACCUAUUAAUCCUUCAUUCACUAUUGAUGGAUUUAAUAACUGGAAAAGGGUUAACGAUGGAGUUAAAUGUCCACUUUUAAUUCACGUGGGAGGUCCUACUUCCUCACAUAGUAAUUCAGUGAAAUGUGUUGAAGAUUUGAUGAAAGUAAGUGGACAUAUUGACAAUAUAUUGAAUGCCCAAAGUUUAGAUGAAGUUCAGAAAAAUCGAUUACGACUUAAGACGACAAUUGAGAGUAUUCGAUGGCUUAGUUUACAAGCUUGUGCAUUUAGAGGUCAUGAUGAAUCUUCAUCUUCUAAAAAUCGUGGUAAUUUUAUAGAGAUGAUAAAACUUAUGGGUCGAUUGAAUGUUAAUAUUGGUGAUAUAGUAUUAAAAAAAGCUCCAAGAAAUGCAACAUAUACUUCACCAACUAUUCAGAAAGAAAUUUUGCAUAUUUUUGCAAAUAAAAUGUCAAUUAUUUUGAGAUUUGUUGAUUUUUUGGGUAUUUUACGAGAGCGUUUCUUUGAUAUUGUUAAUGUUCCAAAUACUACUACUUCAACAUUAAAGAAGAGCAUAUCAGAUGUUCUUUCUCGACAUAAUUUGAAUGUCACUAAUAUGAGAGGGCAAGGGUACGACGGUGCUAGUAACAUGUCUGGUGCUUGGAAUGGACUUCAAGCUCUAUUUCUUCGAGAGUGUCCAUAUGCAUAUUAUAUACAUUGCUUUGCUCAUAGGUUGCAAUUAGCAUUAGUUGGAGCUUCUACAAAAGAGAUUUCUGUUUGGCUAUUUUUUUCAAAACUAUCCACCAUUAUUAAUCUUAUUGGUUGUUCCUCCAAAUGGCAUUCUGAGUUACAUUCUGCUCAAACUAUUGAAAUUGAUCGUAUGAUUACUUCAGGUGAACGGGAUACUGGUAAAGGAAUGAAUCAAAUUGGUAAUUUACAUCGUAGUGGAUCAACUCGAUGGAGCUCUCAUUUUGAAUCUAUUUGUAGUUUAAUUGAUAUGUUUGGUGCAACUAUUUCUGUUCUUGAAAGUAUUGUGGAAGAAGGAUCGUCUAGUUCUUUACGUGGAGAAGCAUGUGGUUGUUUGAUAACUUUGAAAUCUUUUGAAUUUGUUUUCACACUUUAUAUGAUGCAAAAAAUUAUGGGAAUUACAAACCUGCUUUGUCAAGCUUUGCAAAACAAAUCUCUUGAUAUUAUAAAUGCUAUGGAUCUAGUAUCAACUACUAAAGCACUACUUUUCAAUUUUAGAGAAGAAGGAUUUGAUCAUCUCCUAGAAUACGUGCAAAUGGUUUGCACACAACAUGACAUUGAAAUUCCGGAUCUGAAUGCUUCAUACAAAAGUGCAACAAGACGUUCAUGUCAACAAAAAGAUUCGUUGACAAUUCAACAACACUAUCAUUUCAAUAUCUUCAAUUCAGUGAUAGAUUUUCAACAAGAAGAGUUGAAUUCCAGAUUUAGUGAUGAGGCAGUAGAGCUCCUUAAACUUAGUUAUGCUUUGGACCCUAAAGAUAAUUUUAAAUCAUUUAAAGGUGAAGAUAUUUGCAAAUUGGCUGAAAAGUAUUAUCCAGGAGACUUCAGUGAACAAGAAAUGCAUUAUUUGAGAUCCCAACUCCAGCAUUAUAAAAUUGAUGUUUCUCAUUAG